AUGAUCCCACUCGAAGAUAGAUUUUGGUCCGAGGGCCAAAAUCACCUUGGCGAUGGCACAACAAAGGUAUUUCCGAUUGAUGAGGAUAAAGAGGUCGCAAUUCCGGCGCAAUUCGCUCAUUAUCCAUCUCCGGAAGUUCGCGCAGUUGAGGUUGACAAUGAUAGACUCAUCUGUGGGAUCUCCACAGAUCCAGAGGAAGACGAGGCAGUCUUCAUUGCUUAUCCUCCAUAUUCAACUAUUGAAUCGCUAGCUGGAUGUCGCACGAUCGAGCAUUUCCAGCUCAAAGAGCUCGAUCAGCUUGCACCAUUUGUUGACCUUUCAUCUUACAAAGACGAGAAUCAGCACACCCGGAUAUUUGUCUUUAAAUUCAAUGCUUUGGAAAAACCGCUAAGGGUAAAAAUGGCUUGGAACGAAAUCAACCUUGUCAGAAGUCUGCCACCGCAUCUCAAUCUAGUACCAUUUGAUAGCGUUGUUCUCGAAGACGUGGAGUCUCGUGUGAUUGGCUUCACAACGAAAUACAUCCCAGGUGGCAGUCUGAGUAUCCCAAAGACACCUUUACGAUUCGAGUGGUUGCAACAACUCACAGAGGUCGUCGAUUUCUUGAACUUAAACCUGGGAAUCAUGCAUCAGGAUAUUUCACCACGGAAUUUGAUGAUCGAUCCCGACACACAAAAGCUUCUCUUAUUCGACUUUGAUAGAGUCGCAUUUGGGGAAACGAUGGAUGGAAAGCCGAUGUGGACAACGGGAGUACAUUUGAGACGCAUCGCAAUGGAUCUUGGGCAAUAUUGCUUUCGAUGGGAGAGACCACCGCAAAGCAGAUUGUCAAAAAAGUCUUGCGAGGAGAAUGUGAAUGGAAUUGACCAGAAAGCCCACAAUGAGGAACACAAGAAAGCUACAGUUGCAGCCACCGAAGCCGAUGACACUCAGGUCACGCUUCAUCAGUCCAAAGAAGAAGUCUUCGACGAUGGCAAUGUCACGUAUCGAUCGAAUUUGGCAAAUGCGUAUGUGAGUGGAAUGAAGGAAGAGUUGGGGUUUGUGGGUAAUCAAUAUAAUCUUAUUAAUACUGUUUUUACUGUCGGAUACAUAAUUGGACAAAUUCCCAGUAAUCUGGCACUCUACUAUAUUAAACCUCGCAUCUUCUUCCCAUCAAUGAUGGUUCUGUGGGGGUGUCUUACUAUGAUCACUGCAUCCGUUCAUCAUCCUAGGGAUAUAAUGGCUAUUCGGUUUUUCCAAGGUCUUGCCGAAAGCAGCACAUUCGUCGGUACCCAUUACAUUCUCGGAUCAUGGUACACUCCUCGAGAGCUCGGAAAGCGCAGUGGCAUCUUCACUUCUUCUGGUCUUGCUGGUACUAUGUUUGGGGGUUUUAUCCAAACUGGCAUUCAUUCAUCCUUGAAUGGCGCAAAAGGAAUGAGUGGCUGGCGCUGGCUCUUCAUCAUUGAUGGACUUAUCACUCUCCCCAUCGCCCUUUAUGGCUUUCUUCUUUUCCCAGAUACUCCGACCACAACAUCCGCAUUUUAUCUCACCCCGGUUGAGCGAGAUCUUGCUAAAGCCCGUGUUCCAGAAGUACCUGAACAUCAACUCUGGAAUUUUGCAUUCCUCAAAACUGUUGUCACAUCAUGGUACUGGUAUGGAUUCGUUAUUCUGUGGAUCAUUGCUGGAGAGAGCGAAUCUUUCUCUUCAAACUCAUUACUUUCACUAUACAUGAAAUCCACAAGCAAAUAUACAAUUUCUCAACUCAACAACUAUCCCACCGGUGUUCCAGCUGUUGGUAUCAUAUUUACCCUCUUCUGGGCCACUCUUACAGAUUUUCUCAACGGCAAACGCUACCUUGUCGCUUAUUUCAUCGCCAUUACCGGAAUUGUAACUUCCGCUAUGAUACUCACAACUUCUAAUGUAGCAACGAUUUUUGCAGCAUACUACUGGGCCGGCUCUGUCUACGCCUGUCAAGCAACCUUUUUCGCAUGGGCUAAUGAAGCUAUGAGAUUUGAAAACGAUGCCUUAAGAGCAAUAGUGAUAGCGAGUAUGAAUUGUGGUAGUAAUGCUGUGAAUGCAUGGUGGAGUUUACUAUUCUAUGGCGCAGUUGAAGCACCUAAGUUUACAAAGGGAAUGUGGGCGAUGAUUGGAACGUGCAUUGCUCUGGCAAUUUGGACCACAGUUUUGCUAUGGGGUUUAAAGCGAAUAGACAGGAAACGGGAGGCUACUACAGUGGUGGGAAGAACGCGGGCAGAAAGUGAUGAUCUAGAGGUGGCUGAUAUUGGAGAAGGACAUUUGGAUAGUAAGAUACAUUGA